AGAGAGAGAGAGAGAGAGAGAGAGAUCCGAGGCUAUUUCCCCCUGUUUAAUCAGUAAACGCAUACAAUCUCAACCGGUGACUUUUAUUGGUGAAAACAGGGACACUUCCAAAUAAUAAUCACGGGCUUCUGGACUGACAAAGAUCUCCAGUCGUGUCUUCCGUGUGACUUCUGCGGUUGAAUUUCCCACGACAUAUAAGACUUAUCCUUUGCUUACUAGCGAAAGAGACGGAUCAUCGGACACAAUACUGAUACCAGCACGUCCAAUGGAGUUACCGGUAACUGGCUGCAGACUUUCGUCAUGUCUGCAUGUGGUGGAUCCUGUGUAGAUAACAUCGGAUCUCAUUGUGGUGGAUCUCAUUGUGGUGGAUCCUGUGUAGAUUACAUCGGAUCUCAUUGUGGUGGAUCUCAUUGUGGUGGAUCCUGUGUAGAUUACAUCGAAAUUGAAACCGUCGUUUCUUGGGAUUUUUACUGCUCUCUCGGUAUCAGGUCAUAAAUGUACCAUAUGUAACAGGACCAAUGUAACUGUUUACACACACACACACACACUCCCUCCGUGCAGAGAGCGCAACAUGUAUUUCCUGUAAGUGUCCCUUUCUUUUUUCCCACGGAAGACUACACGGCGUAAUGGACUGAUAGAGAACCCACGAUGAACGCAAACAAACGGUGUUGACUUUGCUGUCAUAUGAAAAGCGGAUGAAAUACGACAUUAAACCACGAAGGCCUAUUCGUGCAAGUAUUGCAUUUUCGUUAGCGUUUCAGGCAUCCGUUGCGGCUGUUUCUUGUAUGAUGCUUUGAGAAAAAUAUACACCUAAGCCUAAUUUAACUUCUCCGAAGCAUGCGUUACAUCUGAAAGAAAAUAAGAAAAAUCUCAUCGCUUCCUUCCUACAGCCUGCGUCCAUUGUCUCUGCCAGGCUUCACCAUGGAAACGUAGCGCGAGCGACCAUGAUGGUAAAUCGGGCAGGAAACACACACAGCGUCGCAUAUGUAAACAACCAUGGUUAGAGGGACAUAUUUCUCUUAAACUCUUUCUUUUUUUUCAGGAAAGCACUCUGUGGCCUGUUUUUUUUUUUUUGUUGUUGUUUUUUUGUUUUUUUUUGCACAUCUUCCUGAUAACAAAUGUAUCGAGCUCAAAGAGUGUUCUUGUAUUAGGUUACCGUUUACAGUGCCAAAGUGUUAAACAUUACUAGUCACUUAAAGGUCCAGUGGGAUGACCAGCAUCUGUGUGAAAUAAAUUAAAUGGACAUGCAAGAUUCAGUUUAGCCCAGGGAUAGACAAUCAGGAGUCCACACUGAAUCCAGUCAUCAGAUGUAACUCUCAGGGCGACAGCUUGUUUGACAUGGGAGUGAAGAAGGUGCCAGACAAGCCAGCACAAUGUACUUGUAAUGUACUUUUUAAGAACCACUUGUCUAAAGAGUAACAGGGAUAAUAAGGAUCUAUUUUUCAUUCUUCAAAUAAGCUAUUUGAUCUUCAAAAUGCCUCGGAACCGGGCUUUCUCUGAACCAGAGUACUCUGCUGAGUAUUCAGCAGACUGCUCAGUCACGUUGCCCUCUGAUCCUGGCCAAGCAGUGGGAAGAACCCAUGAGGUCACCGUACGUAACUCAGGCUGCUGUUUGUGUCUCCCUCGCUUCAUGCGUCUCACAUUCACACCAGACUCACUGGAGAACCUCUAUCAGACUUAUUUUCGAAGACAGCGGCAUGAAACCCUGCUGGUGUUGGUGGUGUUUGCAGCCCUCUUUGACUGCUAUGUGAUUGUGAUGUGUGCUGUGGUCUAUACCAGUGAUAAGCUGGCAUCUGUGGCUGUAGCAUGCGUAGCCUUAGCUGUGGACAUUGUGCUCUACCUACUAUGCCGCUAUGGCCUGCUGCCUGAGCGCAUUUCACGCCGGCUUGUGCCGUAUGCCCUGUGGGUGCUUAUAGAUGCACAGAUCUUCUGUUAUCUAGGAUUGAACUUUGCCCGCUUCCACCAGGCCAGUGACACAGUAGGUUGGCAGGCCUUCUUCAGCUUCUCCUUCUUCUUGACACUGCCAUUACGACUGACACCUAUUGUGCUCAUCACAGCUGUGUCAUGUGGUGUGCACACGUUGGCACUUGGCGUCACCAUCGCACAGCAGCAGCAAGAAGACAUCCAAGGAGCUGCUCUCGGGAGACAGCUAUUUGCCAACAUCCUGAUCUACAUAUGUGCAAUUACCGUGGGGCUUAUGUCAUAUUACAUGGCUGAUCGCAAACAUCGCAAGGCCUUUUUGGAGGCCAGGCAGUCUCUGGAGGUGAAGCUGAAUUUAGAGGAACAGAGUCAGCAGCAGCAACGUCUACUGCUGUCCAUUUUGCCCAAACACAUAGCAGACGAGAUGCUACAAGACAUGAAGAAAGAGGCAAGUCAGAAAGAGAUGCAGCAGUUCAACACCAUGUACAUGUAUCGGCAUGAAAAUGUUAGUAUUGUGUUUGCAGACAUUGUGGGAUUCACCCAGCUUUCUUCUUCCUGUAGUGCACAGGAGCUAGUCAAGCUGCUUAAUGAGCUGUUUGCCCGCUUUGACAAACUGGCUGCUAAAUAUCACCAACUGAGGAUUAAGAUCCUUGGGGACUGCUACUACUGUAUCUGUGGCCUUCCAGAUUACAGAGAAGACCAUGCAGCCUGUUCCAUAAUGAUGGGAUUGGCCAUGGUGGAAGCUAUUUCCUACGUUCGAGAGAAGACGCAGACAGAUGUUGACAUGCGUGUUGGGGUGCAUUCUGGGACAGUUCUUGGUGGUGUUCUGGGACAGAAGCGCUGGCAGUAUGAUGUCUGGUCCACAGAUGUCACAGUGGCCAACAAAAUGGAGGCUGGAGGUAUACCUGGGCGUGUGCACAUCUCUCAGAGUACACUGGAGUGUCUUCAUGGUGAAUUUGAUGUUGAGCCAGGGAAUGGAGGAGCACGCUGUGAAUACCUGAGGGAGAAAGGCAUUGAGACAUACCUUGUUGUUGUUCCCAAAGGACCAGUGAGUAAGAAUGGAAUCAAUGGAGUGAAGCUGUCGGUGACUUCAUCUAAUGGGAACUCUCCUCUGUUGAUCAACACUACAGAAUGUAAUGGCAGUGUACACACAGCCUGCACCACACCUGAAGAACCAGAAGAGCUGGACACACGGGUGGUGAAUCCCUCAUUUCCAAACCCUCGGCGGCGUCUUCGUUUGCGAGACCUUGCUGAGAGAGUUAUCGACGCUCAAGAAAAUGAACAGGAGCUCAAUAAACUCUUGAACGAGGCACUGCUGGAGAGAGAGACAGUGCAGGCAUUAAAGGGAAAGUACACUAACCGCCUUUCGCUGCGCUUUGUGAACCCUGAGCUGGAGACACGUUUCUCAGUCGAAAAGGAGAAGCAGAGUGGAGCCGCCUUCAGCUGUUCCUGUGUAGUGCUGCUUUUUACAGCAGCAAUUGAAGCACUUAUAGAUCCUCUGUUGAUAGCCAACUAUGUGACUCUAGCUGUGGGGGAAGUGCUGCUGCUCAUUCUCACCAUCUGCUCCCUGGCAGCCAUUUUCCCACGGGUAUUUCCUAAGAGACUGGUGUUGUUCUCCACAUGGAUUGAUCACACACGCUGGGCUCGCAACUCUUGGGCCAUGGCAGCUAUAUUCAUCCUUACAUUGGCUGACAUAAUAGACAUGCUAAGCUGCCAGCCUCCACAGCCUGUUGGGGACGUUUCUCCAGCCCCAGGUGGACUAGGCGGAUGUCUGGAGAACCCCAAAUAUUACAGCUACAUUGCUGUAUUAGCGCUUAUUGCUACUACCAUGCUGGUGCAGGUCAGCCACAUGGUGAAGCUUACUCUGAUGCUGCUGAUCACAGUAGCCUCAGGAAUCGUCAAUAUGUACAGUUGGAGGGAAAUCUUUGACCAGUAUGAUCUUACCCACUAUAAGAAAUACAGAAUAUACCUCGUGCCAUCCAAAUAUACAAUGACUGUGAUGAUCUUCAUCAUGAUGGUCAGCUUCUACUACUUUGCACGACAUGUGGAGAAACUGGCCCGCACACUGUUCCUGUGGAAAAUUGAGGUACAUGAGCAGAAGGAGAAGGUGUAUGAGAUGAGACGCUGGAAUGAGGCUCUGGUCACAAACAUGCUCCCAGAGCAUGUUGCCCGUCACUUUCUGGGCUCUAAAAAGAGGGAUGAGGAACUGUACAGCCAGUCCUAUGAUGAGAUUGGGGUCAUGUUUGCCUCUAUCCCAAAUUUCUCAGACUUCUACACAGAGGAGAGCAUCAACAAUGGGGGUAUCGAGUGUCUGAGGUUCCUCAAUGAAAUUAUCUCUGAUUUUGAUAGUCUUCUGGAUGAGCCUCAGUUUCGCUAUAUAACCAAGAUUAAGACCAUAGGCAGCACUUACAUGGCAGCAUCAGGAGUCACUCCUGACACCAACGCUAAUGGCUAUGCUUGCAUGAAGCAAAAGGAGGAGCUGUCUGAUAGAGAGCGCUGGCAGCACUUGGCAGAUCUAGCGGAUUUUGCUUUGGCCAUGAAAGUUACUCUGAUGAACAUUAAUUAUCAGUCCUUUAACAACUUCAUGCUUCGUAUUGGGUUGAAUAAGGGUGCUGUUCUUGCUGGGGUCAUAGGGGCUCGAAAGCCUCAUUUUGACAUUUGGGGUAACACUGUUAAUGUGGCCAGUCGCAUGGAGUCUACAGGAGUGAUGGGAAACAUUCAGGUGGUGGAAGACUGCUAUAACAUCCUGAAGGACUAUGGGUUCCGUUUUGUGAGAAGAGGACCAAUCUUUGUUAAGGGGAAGGGGGAGUUGCUCACGUAUUUUUUAAAAGGACGAGAAAAACAGGGUUCCUUCAUCAAUGGCUCUUCAGUCACAUUGCCUCAUCAGGUGGUGGACAGCUCUUGAACUACCUGCAUAUAAAACCAACAAAUACAAAACUCCACACCCCAUAUACUGUAUGUAACAUACAUAUAACAACUAAGAUCUUUUAAAGGGGAAUUCCAUAGAUUUUCAAAAUAAUUCAUUGUUGAACAUAAUUAAGUCCUACAGACUGAAGAGAAGAGAAGUACUAACAUUUGUGAUAGGAACCUGGGCUUGUCUCUUCCACUUUAUAUUAUUAUAUUAUUCACUUUACAGUGAGCUGUUCAAUAAGCAGCAUUGUGAAAUGUACGUUGGACAGAAGAAGACGUUUGGUUUCUGUUUGCAAAAAAUUACAUUUUCUGUACCUGCUCAUCAAACGUCUGCCGUGAGCUGUUCAUUUUCUUUAUCAGUGUUCUUUAGUCUGUCUCAUGCGCACACAAAUCCUCAUCUGCAUUAAAACCUACUCAGCCUUUGAAUACUUUUCAAAAGCUUUAAAAAAGCUAUCAUUGAUAGUAAAUAGUCUAAAAGAAUAGAUGUGUUGAUUGGCUAUAAUUAUAACAAGAAUUCACAUGUAACAGGAACGGUAUAUAGCUGUUAAAAGGCAUUUCUGCUGUUAAUAUAACCAGAGCAGGGCUACAAACUAUAUUUACUGCAAAAAUGCCUGUCAGUCUGGGAGCUGGGCUUCCAUGCAUCGUGCAAAAGCUGGAAUGAGACAGAAGUUACAGAAGUAACCAAAGCUCAUACGAAAAAUAAAUAAGGCCAGGAGAGGUUAGGAGACUUUACACAUUUCAAACUGCUGGUUCCUAUUACUGCUAUUGUAGAUAUUUCUGUCUGGAUAGUGUAUAUUUCAUCAGACAAUCUGAAAAUGUCUUUUCUAAAUUUGAUUAAAUCUGGAAUUCCCCUUAAAAUAUAUUGGUUGCAUAUUAAAAGGAAGGCAUACAACAGAAAUGGAGUGUAAAAUGAGAUUUACUCUGAUCACAGGAGAAAUACAGGGUUAUACUGUACUCUUUUAAAUAAUAACUAGUUGUAUGGAUCGAAUGAAGAAUGAGUGAAUUUCCAUUAAAAAAAAACACAAAAAAAAAAAAACUUAUCUGCUAAAUCAGUAAAAUUAUUGUUUGAGUAAAAAAAGCAAACAAUAGAUUUAGUGACCCUGUGGAUAAAGUUGAGAUUGUACAUGACAGUGCUUUUAAAGUUUACUUUAAAGAUGAUCCUAUAUAGGUUAUAGUUAAAAAUUCUUUUGUAUGUCUGCAAUUUUUGUUAAUUGAAGAGCAAAAUAUAAAGAGAAGCAGACUGGUCCUCUCUGCCAUUAUGUGUGUGCAGAUGCAUGCACGCAGAACUGUGUGUGUUAUUGCCUGCUGUUCUCAACAUCUUUUUAUCUACCCCUUUUCUUUCUGUGGCUUUGGACUUUGCAGCCAUUUUAUGCUCAUCCCAUUUUUCUACCCAGUUUUAAAGUGUUUUAGUGUGCCAUGCAAGAAGUGCCAUAACAUAAUUAUGUGUCCUGUAUACAUGUUCCUCUGGGGUGAUUGACGUGUCACUGUGAGCAGGUGAAAUGCAAGUGUGUAUGUACAUUAUGCAUGCACUAGUUGAAAGUGCAGCUAGAGUCAAGAGAUUUUUUGGCAGUAUUGGAGAUAUGAAGGCUUCUCAGAUCUCUGAUUAUAUUCCCCUCAAAGACUUUCCUAAAAUCCUAGAUGAACGUGCAAUAGUUUAUUCUUUUACAAUGUUCUGUUAUCCAAUACCCUUUGCAAAAACAUUCUCUAUUCAGUAAGUCAUAUUUUUAUAUUGUAUAUGUUUAAUUCAAAAGAGUAUCGGAAUCAGAAUCCGAUGUGUUGACACACAAGGGAUUUGGUUCCAGCUGUUUGUUGUGCAGUUUUAUCUGGUACAACAUUGAGUGAUGUGACAGGCAACAGUUUCCUGUUUAUUUAUUGCAGAUAUCAGGGAAAUUGAAUGAGAAACCACAGACAGAAUUGCAAUUGCUGUUUUUGAAUUGUUAUGGAUUCUGAAGAAAUGUCACAUUGAUUGUUUUUUCUGGCCUGUUACGGGUUUUGAAAUAUGAUUUGAUUUUUUAAAAUGUCCUUGGACAUGAGAAUAAAAAUGGCACUUUGAAUGA